AUGUCUUCUUCCGUUUUUCUCCUCCUCAUGGCUAUCAUUCCGACUGCCCAUUCCGGAGUCCUUUUGACCUACCCACAAGCCCGAUUCCCGCCACUCGACUACCUUCCGGAUGACCUGACGAUGCCACCAUGUGGGGUGCCGAAACCAACGAAACCAUUCUACACAACAUUCCAUAUUGGUAGUGAGUAUAAUGUGUCAUGGAUCACACCGGCUUCGACGAAUAGCACCUACCGUAUCCGUCUCGUGGAUUCAGAUGGUCUCACCGUCGAGCAACUACCCGGAGUCAUCACCGAAACAGAGACCUUCCAACUAAUAAAACUCCGUUCCCCAUGUGAACAAUGUAUGUUGCUCAUUGAGCAAGUCAUGCAAAAUGGAAAAGUAUUCCGCUCGUGUGCCGAUGUGAAUGUCGUCAGGACAAGUGUCCAAGCAAACGAGCAAUGCAGUCAACGUGGCAGUCUGAUGAAUGCGACGUGUCAAUGUGAGAGUGGAUUCACGGGGAAUCAGUGUCAGUAUUUCUCUCAAUGCGAGACAAAUGACGACUGUUUGAACGGUGGAAUUUGUGGAGAUCAGCCAGAUUCAUUGAUUAAAAAACGCUGUUUCUGUUCGUAUGGAUUCUUCGGUCAACGAUGUGAUCAGAAAUUCAAUUCCCAAAACGACCACUGCUUCGCCUACGACGAGCCAGUUGCAGCGGACCUUCCAAUGUAUGGAAUGUUCAAUCCGAGAUGCUACCAACGACACGAUCUCUCAGCCAACGAUCGCAUCUAUUCGAGACGUGUCGAUAAUGAAGUCGAAGUUAUUCUAGAUUUCGAAACGAAGAAUUGGUUAUCGCUGGGAUGGAGACCAACUGAAUUGAGUACUUCGUGUCGGCUGUUCCCAAUUUUGGAGGAUACGAGAGGACGGAUUAGUGAGAUGGAUCAAGUGGCGAGGAGGGAGUUUGUAGCAAAGCCCGUCAUGCCGAAGAAUAAUGGAUUUACGGAACUCGGUCUAAAAUCCUCUCUCCACCCGAUGGAUUGUGUCGACAUCAUAAUGGCUUCCGUCCGAAACGGCCGUCUCUUCAUCUCUGACUUCUAUUCCCGUGACCGUUCGACACCUCUCGAAGAUUAUUGGUAUGACGGUGAAAUGAGUCUCUCCGCGGCUUACGGUACCCAACAAGACGGGCGGUCCGUCGUGAUGUUCAGGAGAGAGUUGAGAGAAUUCGAGCCAACCGACCACCCAUUGGGUCCCAAUGAGAUUUUGAUAGUUUGGUCGAAGGGUGAUAGUGAAAUGGGAAGUAAUUUCCAAGGAACGAAUCGAGGAGUCGAGAAACUUCGACUGGCAGAAGUGGUGAAUGUCACUUUCGAGCAGCCUUCGAUUUCAGCGACAAAUGAGUUGGCAUUCGGAGUGAAAAAUGUCGUUCAUGACCGCCUGGAACCAAUGACCGUCUCCACCUUAACCACCCGUGAGACCCCAUCAACCACCGCCCAUCCGAUGCAUCAUAUCCCAACUCCUGAACCUACUUCGACUCCAGAAUCUACCUCAACUGAAUCUGAUAACUCGUCGUCCUCAAUUUUCAGUCUCUUCCUAGUUAUCCUUGUUGUUAUCUAUCAAUUAUAG